AUGGUGUUCGGACAGAUUGUGAUCGGCCCCCCGGGGUCGGGGAAGACGACCUACUGUGAUGGCAUGUCUCAGUUCCUCAGGCUGAUCGGCAGGUACGCGCCUGGACGGCCGUUGCCUCGUGCGCCGUUUCGGAUGAUUGUUUUUUAUACUCUUUGUCCCCGAGAGAUCAUCCCCUCCUUCCCAUUCACGUGGUUGUGGUGAUUUAUAGUGGUUUUAGGUUUUGCUUCCGCGUUUUACUUGGUGGUUUAUGUACGUUUUGCUUCCUCUUUGUAAAUAUUUCCAAGUCGCAUUUAUUAUGGAAUGAUGAGUGUAGUGAACGGCUAAGCGUGUGAUCGUGGGAAAAAAAAAGGAAAGGUGUGAGGCUGUGCUGUCCAGUUUAACAUGAAGGCUUCAUACCGAGAAGGCGUUUCGUGCUAUAUGUUGAUUGUUGCUUCAUUGCAGGAAAGUGGCUGUCAUCAAUUUGGAUCCUGCAAACGACGAGCUACCGUGAUAAUCCCUUCUUACCCUGAGAUUGAUAUUUUUCAUUCGACAUAUUUCAAGUAUCUUGUAAAAUUUUAUGCUGACAGUUUUAUUGGUGAAUGGUUAUUGAUUGCUUUUUGCAUUUUCUCUGCAGAUAUGAAUGUGCUGUGAACAUCGAGGAUCUCAUAAAGCUUAGUGAUGUGAUGAGUGAACAUAGUCUUGGUCCCAAUGGAGGUGAGAUCAACUGAACUAUUGUUUGAUUUUUCUCGUCUGCCAGUUUGUAUUUUGGUUGUUUCAGACACAGGAAAUGAACUAGGACACUUAACAUCUCAUAAUGCCGCAUGUAACUUACAGGUCUCGUUUAUUGUAUGGAUUUCCUGGAGAAGAACAUAGAUUGGUUACAAUCCAAAUUGCAACCUCUCAUCAAAGGUGAUGUAUCCACGCCUUUAAUUUACAGUUUCUCUAUAAUUCAUGUAAACUACUCUUGAAACAUUUCAUGCUUUGAUGUACAUGUGGAAUAUUUCUUGGAGUCUUGGUUUAACUCUGUGUAUAUAUCUCUUCAGCUCUCUGUCAUUGGAAUCUGUUGUUCUGUCCCUAAGAGUCAUUUGUUAUAGGAUAAUCUGAUUGUCUAGAAGAACAAAUUGCACAUCAUGGCAUUGACAGACGUUGAAGUUUGGAUAUAGGGGACUACAAAUCUUGAAUCAAUGACAUCUUCAGGACUCGCAUUGAUCUUUGUUAUGGACAGGGUUUCUUCGUCUUCAGAGAAAUGACUUGUUUACGUCCAUGCAGCAGCGUCCAUGCCCAAGUGUUUUGCAUUUCAUUUAGUAUCGAGUGUCUUGAUGAUACUUGGUAUGUCGUGUACAGUCCAAAUUGAAGUGAAUAUUUUGUGCUCUUAGUGAGCCACAAGUUUAUAUUCUCAAUGAAAAAGUUACAAUCUUCGAAUCUAAUGUUUUCCUUCCAGGUCUGUAUUCCCUUUGUCUCUUGCCAUCGUUGGGUUCACCUCACUCCUCAAGGAAUGCACAUUGUGUGUCCUGAUUAGUGUGAAGCCCAAAUGGUGUGGUUUGGUUCAUGGGUCCUAUGUCCUUGUGAAGUUUGGGUUGCCCUCAAUAUAUAAAAAUGAUUAUGCGGCCCUUAAGCGGGAAUUUUUUAAUCUUUGGGGAUGGGUGCAGUUGGGCCAUUGCACUCUAACUCCCGUAAAAAUCAAUGUUCGUGGUAAUACAAAAUUAAGGCUCUUUGGUAGUCUCGAAUAAGGCAUAGAGAAGCCAAAGAAGAUGGAUGAUCUGUUAUUGAGGUGAUUUAUGUUUUUUCCCCAGGAAGAGCUCGCUUCUCAUUUAUUAAAUGCUGUGAUGUAGUGAUGAUUGCUGUGGUGUGAUGUCUAUUUGUUGAACAUAGACAUGUACGGCGCAAUGAAUGUUGAACUUGGUCGUUGAUAUUCACUCUAGUUUUACUUUAUGGCCUUUCUUUUAUUUUUCUGACCUGUCAUUUAUCUUUUGUAGAUCACUAUCUUCUAUUUGAUUUUCCCGGGCAAGUUGAACUUUUCUUUCUUCAUUCGAAUGCAAAGAGUGUCAUCUCCAAACUCACCAAGAAAAUGGAUCUCAGAGUAUGAUCCUUUAACCUGUGCCCUCUAUUUUAUUUUUCACACAUACCUGUCAAAAACAUUGUAAUUCUCGGAAUAUUUACAUGAUCUGCAGUUGACUGCGGUGCAUUUAGUUGAUUCACAUCUAUGCAGUGAUCCUGGAAAAUAUGUGAGUGCAUUGCUACUCUCACUAACGACUAUGCUACAUCUGGAACUCCCACACAUCAAUGUCUUUUCUAAAAUUGAUCUCAUUGAGAGCUAUGGAAAAUUAGGUAAUAUACGUGGGCACCCUCGGAUAUAAGUUAUGCAAAUGGUUUUUCAUGCAUAGUCCAAUCAAAUUCAUUGAACAUAUCCAUCUCUAUUGCCUGUAGCAUUCAACCUUGAGUACUACACCGACGUUCAGGAUUUAUCAUACUUACAGUACCAUCUUGAUCAAGAUCCUAGAUCAGCAAAGUACAGGUUGGGUUAUUAUUUAUUAUUUGUGAAGUUUUAGAUUCUUCCUUUUCCUUCUUCGAGCAGCCUCGACUUUCAGCAUCUUGCUUUCUGUGGUCCUUGACUUCCAUUUGUCAAGUUGUUCUUUCUUAUGUUUGAGACCAUGGCCAUGAAUUUCUGGCCAUUUACAUGUAAUAUCCCUAGAUAUCCGAUUGAGAGCGGAUAGUUUCUAGUCUCUACAGAAUGCUUACAAAGAUUUCACCAUAGGUCAUUGUAAAGACCUUUCUAAAUCUAUAUCAGAGCACAUCGAGCUAUUGUGCGUCCACUGUCCGAAAGGUAAUCGUCAAUUAGCUUGAAGAAUUUACUGACAAAAUCUGGGUUUCCAUUCAUUUUCUACCUUACAGAAUCAGAAGAGAGAAGAGAGUGCGCUAAGAAAUUCGUGCAUGAGAAAAUCAGUGCGCAUCUUAUUUAUUUUACCCAAUUGUAUGUGCAGAGUACAAGCAUCAGAAAAUUGAUAAUUGGGUGUUAUGCGGAUUCUGGUGUAGGUUAUGCAGAAGAUUAGUUAAAAGACUAGCUUAAGUUAGGCGACAUAAACACUAUGUUCCUGGUGCCUCGGGAAUUCUACCACAUAUCUGUAUGAUUUGACCUAAUCACUGAUUGUCCUGGUUCUUUUAUUUCCUACGGCAUCAAUCAUAUAAGUUUAUCGUGUGUUUCAGGAAACUCACAAAGGAACUAUGCGAUGUGAUUGAAGACUUUUCCUUAGUGAACUUUACAACGUUAGACAUUCAGGCAUGUCUUUUUCAACGUUUACACCCAUGUUUACUUGUAUAUCUGAACUUAUUGGACUCUAAUAUCACCUUCAGGAUAAAGAGAGUGUCGGAAAUCUUGUGAAACUUAUAGAUAAAAGCAACGGGUAUAUAUUUGCUGGCAUUGAAGGGAGUGUUGUUGAGCUCAGCAAAAUUGCCGCUGCCCCACUUGACUGGGACUAUUACAGAUAUCCUUUCUACAUUCAAUUCGUCUUUUUUUCUUCUCUCUAG